GUCUGUGAAUAUAUCAACUGUCAAACAUAAUAAAUAAUUGACAUUUACAAUUUGUGAAGAUUUUAGAAGAUUGUGGUUUUAAUUAUGACGCACGAAAAACUUUUAAAAUUAACGAAAGAACAAGAAGCAUUUCUACAAGAAUGUGACUUAGAAUUUUCGAAUCGUUAUACAAGUUCAGAUCCAGAAUAUCAAAGUAUUUUUGAACGUAACUUACCACCACCACCAAUUAUUGAAAAUUGGACAUCACGCCGUGGAAAUUUUAACAAUUACAAUCAUAACCGCAAUAGAAAUUUUCGAGGUCGACAUACAAGAGAUGAUGAAGGAAAUUAUGGCGGUCAUAGCAGAAAUGAGAAUAGAUAUGAUAGACCACAUUAUAAUGAAAGCAACAAUCAAAACUAUUCAAACAAACGACAAAGAACUUAUUAUUAAGUAUGUUUAAUGAUGUUUAAAAUCAAUGUCUUUUUAUAUUUAUAUCAAUACAUAAUUUUUGAAUAAGACAA